AUGAAGAGCGCCAAGUAUUCUUGCAACACGAGAUCCGAGACACUAGAAUGGAUCACCGCCAUCAUUGAUUUCCUUAAACCUUACUCUUUCCUAAUCAAUGCUCACGUUGUCAAUUUCUUCAAGGAUAAGCAAUGGGAAGCUGUUGAUCAGGAAUGGAUGAGCUGUUUAAGAGAUGAAAAGCCUGAAAAUAUUCUUCUUAUUCCCUCCGGUGGUGUCCAGGAUCACUGGCCAGCUUCACUCAAGGAAUUCGUUCACACGCUGAGGUCUCUAUCGUUUCCGAGAGAGCAAGCAGAUUUACAAGCGAUUCUCGGAGAUGUGGAUAUGGCACCGCUUAGCACAGUUCUUUCACAGGGCAUGAAUCUAAAGAAAAAACAUGAGGUUGAAGUUCUUUCCUCUGUUGUUAGCUCGGUUGCUAACAGUGUUGGAGCCCCUACUGUUGUUGAUGUUGGUGCUGGCCAGGGUUAUCUAGCGCAGGUUCUUUCUUUCCAGUAUAAGCAUUCAGUGGUUGCAAUUGAUUCUUCCUCUCACCAUGGGAAGGUUACAGAUGCACGUGCAGCACGUAUCAGAAAGCAUUUUGCAGCACAGACGCGUAAAUCUGGUUCAGGAAACAAUUGCCCAGAUGCUCCAGUGACGAUUACAUGCCGUGUACUAUCCACCACAGAGAUGUUGAAAGGCUUGACCAAUCUUCAUCUGGAGAAAAAUGACUUGGAUUCUAAUGCGAGUACGCUGAGUAAUUGUCCAAGGAGACCGCAAUCAUCAACUGAUGCAAACAGACCUUGUUCACUUGUUCUUGCUGGCCUGCAUGCAUGUGGGGAUCUAUCUGUUACCAUGCUAAGGACUUUUAUGGAGUGCAAAGAAGUUAAAGCAAUAGUGAGCAUUGGCUGCUGUUACAACCUAUUAUCUGAAAAAAGCAAUGAGAAUUCCUGUUCCCAGUGUGGUUUUCCGAUGAGUAUCGGUCUCAAAUCCUUGGGCUUUCCGCUCGGUAAAAAUGCUCGUGAUCUUGGUUGUCAGAGUGCUGCGAGAUGGAGCAGUUUAGGAGAAGAUGCUGGCCUGCAGAAUUUUGAGCUGCACUCUUUUCGAGCUGCUUUCCAAAUGGUUCUGUCAAAACAUUAUCCAGAGGUUUUGGCGACAAGUCCGUCCAUUGGGCGCCAAGGGAAGGCUUUGCGUCGUCAGCAGCAAAGAAAAUCCCUUGAAACACCAGCAAUAGUAGAUGCAAUUAGGAAAGAAACCGAUGAGAAGAAACCCACGAGCAAGACAAGCUUGAAUUCCGACGACGCUUGUUCUUCUUUCAAGAACUUUUGCGUGUCCGCAUUUUCCCGGCUGAAUCUAGAACAUCCUCAAGAUCUCGACCUAAGUGCCACAUGGAAUGAAGUUAAUGCAUUCACCGAGCUGAUAGGGCCUUUUUGGUCUAUUCGAGCUGCACUAGGACCGGUGCUUGAGACAUUGAUCUUGCUAGAUAGACUUAUGUUCCUCCAAGAACAAGGCGACUCCAUUGAAGCUGUAAUGGUUCCCAUCUUUGAUCCCACCAUCUCACCUAGGAAUGUUGCCAUUAUUGCUAAAAGGCUUUGA